AUGGAUUGCCAAAAGUACAAAGAUGGAGUGUCAUUACGACCGAUUUUGGAUAUGUGCAACUCACCAUAUCAUGUCUUGGUAAAGUGGUUGGCCAAAUUGUUAGAACCCGUUCGAGUUAGUUUGGCAAAACACUAUGUCCAAGAUACAUUUACUCUUGUGGAAAAAAUUCGUGACAUAAACUUGGUCGAUCGAACAAUGCUCUCGCUGAACGUCAGCUCGUCAUUCACAAAUGUUCCCAUCAGCGAAACGAUUGAAUACCUGUGCAGUUAUUUACGAACCAAUAAUGUGGAGCUCGGCCUCCCUUUGGAUGACCUUAAACAACUGCUUUAUUUCUGCACGUAUAAUGUUCAGUUCAAGUUUAACGAGGAGAUCUAUCGACAAAAGGAUGGCGUAGCCAUGGGGUCUCCGCUGGGAACGUUUUUUCGCGGAUUUAUUCAUGGCGAAGUUUGA